AUGGAUCAGAGUUUGAGAGAUGCUGCUCAGGAAGGAAGCAUUGAUGCCUUGCACUCAUUGGUACGGGGAGACCCAUAUACUUUGGACACAAUCGAUAAAAUUCCAUUUGUUGAGACUCCUUUACGUGUAGCUGCAUCUGCUGGACAUACUCAGUUUGCCAUGGAGAUCGUGAGGUUAAAGCCGUCACUUGCUUGGAAGCUUAAUCAAGAUAGCUUCUCCCCGAUGCACCUCGCUUUGCAAAAUAACCAAACCCAUGUGGUGUGCCGGCUACUUGAUGCUGAUAAAGACCUUGUUCGUGUCCAAGGAAAGGAGGGUGCAACUCCUUUGCAUCAUGUAGCUCAAACAGGAAACCUCUAUCUUUUGGGCGAAUUUCAAAAAGUCUGUCCCAUGUCUAUUAAAGAUGUAACAAUUCGAGGAGAGACUACUCUUCAUUUUGCCCUGAAUAACUGUUAA